UCUAGCUCCUAUGGUCGUACGUGGAAGUUUUAGUUCUUGAUUCGGUAUAUAUUGCUUGCAUCUCCACUGGCCUUGACCUCGAGGGCAAUUCCAGAAUACCUACAAUCCCCUACCUACGUAGGGGGAAAAGUAAAUAAACAAUUUGAGGUAUAAUACAUGAGAUAUAUCACCUACGGCGAUUCCAGUAUCAAGAAACACACAUCUGGUAAGUAAAAAUGGAUUAUAAUGAGAAAUCGUUAAUGACGCUGUCGAUCACCCUAAUGUUAAUCCAAGACCUUGGAGGUACCUAUAUUACUAAGGGAUAACAUAAUACCGACAUAGGUGGAGCCAACUUCACAUUGCCGUAUUCUUAUUUGCAUCACGAGAAGAAAGCUCGGGUUACAUCACUGGAGGGUCAAAACCCCCGCGAAUAGUGGCGUCUUCAAGAGUGGCGGGUUGGGGAAACGGUGCGGGGAAAGCAGGGACGGGCUUGUCUUCAGCGGGCAAGGUUAAGGACUCUUGUCGGCCAAAUUCAGCCGGGAAGAGAUACGGAUUAGGCUAGCGAGGGCGAGUCGGGGCCGAUGAUCGUCACGAUGUAAUACCAGAUGUCUGAAGGCGGAGUAUCCCGUCGGAAACGCAGCUCUAAUUGCAGGAAAUCGGGGUACCCGUCGGCAUGAUCCUCGCCUAUGCGGACUAAGUCUUUGCGCUGCGGCGCGGGGUCGGCGAGAAGUACAUAUAUAUUUGGAAUGGCGGAGAUGUACAAUGGUCGUUUCCAUCUGGUUGUCUCUCUGCCUAGGUGCGAAGGUAUUCACAAUGUUCGGCCACAAGCUCCUCGGCCUGUUGGCAUUAUGCGGCCUAAAAGCGUCUGCCUCGGUCAUUGUUCGGAAGACGAGUAAGGGCCCGACUGGGUAUGAGGUGGAUUUCAAGUACACCAACACCACCGCGAAGCGCGUGAGCAUCGGUGACUUGCAGUUGUUCACCGAUCAGCUGCAUACCACGAUGGACACACGUGCAUGGUACAGCCCGCGAGACUACCAACCCGGCGACUUUCCCGUCAACUAUGGAACACAGCCCGUCGACCUUGUGUAUCCAUACGAGAUGACGAACGAGGGCAACGGCUCGUGGACAUUCACGACGCCUUUGCCCGCAGGAGUCUACCAGUAUCAAUACCUCAUCGACUGCGACUACGUGCCAAACUGCACCAUCGUGACCGGUCAGCUAGUCACCGAUCCGGACAAUCCCCCUUUCCAAAAUGUCAUAGGAGAUCAAGUCGCCUCCAGCUUCCAGGUCCCGUACGACGCGCAGUUCCAAGGCACUGACGACAUAAGCGCGAAUUACGACUAUGCGCUGCCCGCGCCUGCGCAAUACCGAGGGACAAUCAAGUCCGUUAAUUAUACCUCGCCGGGAUCCACACACCCGGCUCCUAACGUACACGACCUCACGCUGUAUCUCCCGGCCGAGUACGGCAAAGUAAAGGGGAAGAAGUACCCGCUUCUCUACCUCUCGCACGGAGCCGCCGGCAACGGCAACGAUUGGGAGAACCAAGGCCGAGUCUCCGCCAUCCUGGACAACCUGAUCGCCGGCGGCCACAUCGCGCCGACCGUCGUAGUCAUGCCGUCCUUCUACAACCUCGACGACAGCCUGCCGCCCUUCAUCAUGGGCAACGCGUCGACCAUCUUCACCGCGCUACCGGACUCGGACCACAUCCGCGAGAACUACCAGAAGUACCUGUUCCCGUGGGUGGAGCAGAACCUCGAUGUCUGCGACGACCCGUCCUGCCGCGCGUUCGCCGGUCUGUCCUGGGGCGGGCGCCUGACAUACGAGAUGUACGUCAACGCGACGGACUACUUCUCCUGGUUCGGCAUGUUCUCGGCCGCGACCACGCCCCCGUACAUUACCAACGCGACGCUGGCGGCGAACCCAGCACUAGCGCAGAAGGGCAUCUUCGUCGCGUACGGCCUGUACGACUCGCAGUUCGAGCCCGGCCGAGAGAUCCAGGCGACGCUAGAUAGCAUGAACAUCACACAUCUGUCGCGCGUCACGCCGGUCGGCGCCCAUUGGUGGAAUACUUGGCAAGAUGAGCUGUGGUGGUUCGGUGUCAAAGCCCUCUGGAAGCCGUAUCCGUUUACGACGCGGACCGGGCGGUAGUAUUCAGUUAGUUCGUAUGAAGCACCUAGUAGCUAGGAUGUGUAUAAUAAAGGAAAUUUCCGGCACCCUCGUUCGAUGGCGUACGUUCUUAGCAGACACAUCGGGUCCGUAAAUGCAGGUCUCUACAUAAAAACACCUGUCUUAGUUGCUCAGCUCCGAUCUAAACUACAUGCCCAGGCCCUUUAGAUAAUCCGUUGGUGAUUCACCGCUUCUGCUAAAGUAAUUACCGGCAUGCUGCACAUGUUAUCAUCAGGUAUCCAGGUGACUAUCACACCACAUUAAAGGCUAGAUGAACUCGAACUUGCUAAAUUGUUAGAUCCUGAUAGUAGCAUGACUUGGCUUUGAGAGCCUGGAUUAGGAAGCGUACCUUGCAUGUUCAUGCGGUUCGUCCUGCAACCUAUUACCUGCAUAUGCAACUUUGGCACGGGUGUGGAUAGGGGGGUCCAAGGAACUGAAUUGUGACAUGAGCCAGUAAGAUGAGGAGGACGAGAUUCAACAUGAAUGUCGCGAUUGGGUGGCCAUUAAGCCAAACAGAUUUCUUACUCAACCUCUGGCAGUGAAAUCAAGGCUCCGUUGUUGAAAAGCCUCACGCAUAUUGACCAGUAUUUGCUAGCUUAUCGAGGCAAGUCGAGCAACAAUGACCAGUAAGAAACAUCGCGUAAUUAUGCCCGAAAACUACACAAUUAACUA